GGCGGCGAGCCUCGCGCCGCCCGCCUCGAUGCCGCGCGCGGCCGCAGUGCGCCCCCGCCCCGCGCAACCCGCUGCCCACCCGCGAGCCCCUCGCGACGCGCACGCAGCGCCGCGCCCGUGACAGCUGAGUGUUCGCCUGCCCCGCGCCUGCGCCCCGUGUUCCUCUGGGCCCGCCAGCUCGACGGCACCGUGCAGGAGGUCCACUGUGAAGACUACGACUCGAGGAACCGUAUCCGUAUAGCUCGGACCCCGGACGGUUGGCGCGUCAUCCCGCGUACGGAAAUCUACAACUCUAUCAGAGUGCCCCCGCCUCCCCCUGCGCCUCCCCGCCGGCGAAAUCCGCGGGAAAGACGCCGGCGCAAGCGCCGAGGCAACUCGCGUCGAAGACCUCGUUCGAACGCCCCGCUUGUGGAAGUUCCAUCGCCUGCACCACCUGUGACUUCGCCUUCGGCUGACCAUCAGUGGCUUGCCCCAGAUCUGGAGUCACAUAUACCAUCCCACACCAUUGCGGUGCCGCGGCAAUUACCGCCGGAAGCGACGCCGCUCGACAACUUGCUGGCGGUCGCUGAACUAGAAUUCAAUCAGCAACAAAACGAGGGCUCUCUCGAACCUACCAGCCCAUCAUCGUUCGGGUUUUUGCCACCUGAAGAAACUGUGCGUGAAACUAUGUCUUACGAAAUAGGUCAACCGAAGGCAGCGGAUGAAAUGUUCUACGAACGCAAAGCGCCUUUAGAAAGAAGUGAAGAAUUCCCAGGAGAUAUGUCUGAACAUAAGGAUUUGUUUGAAACCAUUAGUGAAGCCCAUUAUCUCCCUGAACUCGCUGGGCCGCAUGACGAGGCCUUGCUUGAGUCGCUCGUUGAAAAAGGCUGUGAAGAUAAUCAGAUUUUAGGACAAGCGCUCGACAAACUCGCACAUCUUGUGCAGGCAUCCGGUGAGUACCCAGAAGAAGAGGAGGAUAUGUUACUUGGAAACGCUCCAGUAUCAGAUAUCAUAGAUAGGUUAGAACAGUCUCUCGAAUCUCCCAGCCGUAGCAGUAUGACUGCCGCUCAGGGGCUCUUGCACCUUCACCACAUAGGAGACCAUCUACAACAGCCAGACCAAGGGCAGAUCGAUAACCACACAUACAUAUCGGAUGAUGUAUUCGUUCCUGAAGAAGCUGCGCAAUGUGCUCUCGAGAGUCUCACAGCGGCAACAGAGAUGCAAGAGCCUAAUCUUACUAAUGAAAUAAAGGAUAUUGAUUAUAAAAUUGACGAUAUUGACAACAAAAUUGAUAAGAAUCUAGAAAAUGAAAUCGGUGUAACCGACGAAGUUGAGUCGAUGUUUACUGACCCAGUACCUGAUUCAAACGAGAACUUUAUCGAUAAGCAGUUUGAAGAGCCACAGGCGCCACCGGCGUUACCGGAUCAAAGUGAAGUUAUGUUACCAAUUGAGCCGCAGGAAAAAGUAUUGGAAGAACAAAUCUGUGAGCCCGUGUUACCUAAUUGUGAAAAAAGUGAUGGUGAUCCCAGUGUUCAACACACUGAAGAAGUUGCUGAACCAGAACAAGACGAUUCGCCAAUUGUUAUUAAGCAGGAAGAACCACCAAUAAUUGAUGAUAGUGUACCAACAGAUUUAAGCAUCGUAAACGUAGAUGCGGUUCCAAGUCCACCUUUGUUAAAUAACAAUGAAGUAACAAAUACAUCAGAAAACAACAUAAUAUCAGAACUACCAAGAGAUCUAAGUGUACAUAAAAGAUUACCAACACCAGUAGCUUCACCGCGGCGCACAGAUUUGCCACGUGCGCCGUCCCGCGAGUCCGAUGCGAUGCAGUCGCCGCAGCCCAGCGGCAUUCCCGCCGUGCCCUCUUCGCCAGAGAUAUUCACUAUGCCACUUACCAAAAGUAAACAAACGCUGUUCCUGGAAACACUUUUAUCUUCGCCGUCGCCAAAGAUGUAUACGUCAGAGGUAACGAUCACAAAACAGCAAUGUGAACCAUUGAACUUAGGAAAGCAUAGAAAGUCAGCGAGCCCCACGGUGUCUAGUUGCUCCGACGAAAUAAAAAAAUUGAGCAAGGAAUUUGGAGAGCCGCUAGAAAAGAAGCGACGAGAAUCCAUUGAUGAUUUAGCGAAAAUAAGUAAAGUGUUUAAUAAGUGUAGUGAAGAUCCUGUACCGAAGAAACCAGACCGGCCUACUAGCAAACCCACCGAUGUGAAUACUCCUUUGCAGCAAUUCAAUCUUUUGAAGUCACGCUCUGACUACACUCUGCCCGAUCCGUUGCUGAUUCCUAAAGAUAAACUAGAAGCUAUUUUGGUGGCACCCGCCCGCGAGAUUCCUGCCUUACUCAUUCAGAGACCAGAAUUAAGAUUACCUGCAACGUUUGCUUUCCCAGCUAUACUGCAGGACCCAGAUAUACUCGUUGUAUCCUUGACACAAUUAGAACAUGUUCUAAUAGAAAGAGAAACUAGACCGUUAACAUCACCAAAAUCAAAGGACGGCAAACUACAUUCGUCUAAAGGGAACGAAAAAGGAGCACUCGAUCAAGCGGGACAGCCGAAACCGAUCCCUUCAAUGGACGCACUGGCGGGCGAUAUCGAUGCUGCCACCUCGGCGGCGCUCAACCAAAUGCUGUGGUUACCAUAUCUUAGUCAACUGGAGGCGAUGGCGGCUUGCUCUCAAAAUAUGGACUUCAUAAAAGCUUUAAACUCCUCGGGAUAUAACGGGUCAAAUUAUCCAGAAUUAUCUCAAAUGUUCAAUCCGUCCGCUCGUUUUAUGGGCGCGGGUGGAUUCCCAGUGAUGCCGUCGAUGGACUACGACAAUCGUAUGCAGUUCGCGAUGUGGCAGGAGGCCAUGUCGCACGGCAACCCCGCGGCAACGCACCGAACGAAACCGCCCUCCGUCGCGGAACAGUUGAAGGAGUUGUCGAAGUCUGGUGACGUACAGAACCCGUAUGUACAUUCCACUAAGAGUCAAAGUAAAACCCACUCCGCUGCUCGAACGAGUCCGAUCGCGCACAACUACAACAAUCAGCGCGCGAUGCCGCACAACCCAUUCAUGCAAGGCAUGUACCCCGGUAUGAACCCGAAUAUGAGGCCAAAUAUGCAGCUACCUGGUUUGCAAAUACCGUACUUCAACCAGCAAAUGAUGAGCCAGCGUUCGCCGCGAACGGGACAGCAGAAGAGUCCGACGUCUCCCUACUAUCCGAACAAUAAUUACCUCCAGUCUGUGAAACAAUCGGAGCACGGGCACCAGCGGAGCAACAGCACGAGUUCGCAGGAGUCGCCGCGGCCGCGCAUCAGCGUGAAGUCGCUGCAGAACCUGCUGGAGCCGUCGGCCGCGGCGGCGUCCGCGGUGGCGGCGCGGCGCAGCUCCGCCACGCCGAGCGCGGCGCUGGGCCGGCGGCGCGACGAGCCCGAGGUGGGCAGCACCACGCCGGGCGAGCCGCCGCCGCACCACCUGCCGCCGCACCCGCACGACCCUGCCUCCUUCCACCUCUGGCAUCCGCUCUUCGGCAACCAAAAAAGCUACAACAGUCCGUGGAGUUGGACGACGGUGACUGCGACGGGCGACUGACCGCGCGCCCCGCGCGGGCCGCCGCCGCCCGCGCCCUGACCGCGCCCCCGCGCCCUGCGCCCUCGCGCCCUGCGCCCUCGCGCCCCGCGCCCGCCAGCACACAGGACACACGGGAGCUACGUCCAGUGAUCGCACGUUUAGUUCCACUAUCGCAUAAUCGACUUUCCUAAAUUUUUUAAUAUUAAAACUCUGCGGGAAGUGAAAACACAAAGUGAAUAAUUCGCAGAGACUGGGUAGCGUUAAGUUUGGAGGCUAAAAUGUUAUUUUUCUAUGUUCUUUAGUGAACUAUUGUGUUGUUUAUGUAAACCGUAGUACCGAUGUCGAUGUCCGCUGAACGAAUUGAUCCGUCCGACGUCGCUAGGUCCCGUGUCACCUGGUCCCAAUCCCGCCUCGCCUCGCUCGCCGCAGACGCCGGCACGCCGCGCGCCGGGCGAACUCGCUUCGAAUUAUAUGUAUCUUUUUUUGGAAAUACUUAAAGGGUUUAAGUAGAAUGUUUUUAAACGUACUUAUACCUCAAAAUAUUUCAACGGUUACAUACUAUAUCUGGUUUUAUAUCAAUCCACACCUGGUAAAGCCGUCACUAUAUGCACCUACGGCAGCCGCCGGGGCUGACGGCCGGGUUCGCACGGCGCGCGACAUUGCUGAGCGCAACACCCUCGUCCGCAAGCACCCCUCGCGUUCGAGCGACCUUCGCUCUUGUUGCGUAGCUCUCAAAGGCGACAUUCGGGCGGGUGCGUGGGCGCUCCCUAUCAUAUCCUUCGAGUUACGAGACGACGCCUCAGGUCGGGUUUAGUGACGGAAAAUGCUUUACGCAUAAUGUUAUUGUUUAGUUGUGAUAUUUAUAUUAAAUGUAUAGCGCGGCGUCGGGCGUCCGGUCGCCACUGAGUGCAAUCAGAACUGUAUGUGUAUAUCGUAGUUAGACAAGUUAAGUGAAGGUGCAUUUAUGUUAUGCUCGGAGCCGGCCAGAUUCGCCGUUAACGUUGGCUCGGCGACGGACUAUACUCGUCACCCUAUCUGUUGUAAACGUUUUACAAAAUUGUGUAAGCUGACUACGUUUUGUUAAAUUUGUCUCCACGUGCAAUAGUUUUGUUGGCGCAAUUAAUGUUUGUUAUCCGUUUAGCUGUCACGUGUGUCAGCAUUAUUGUAAAUAAGUUUGUGUCACAACGGAGUAUUUCAAUGUAUACGAUAUAUUUUGAUCUCGAAGCGAAUCUGCACCGGCGCCAACCGAGCAGAGCGGUGACGUUCCCGGCUGCUGACGAGUUAUCGCGGUCGAAGCCGGAGACGCGUCACGGAGCGGCGCACCGCUACACGUCCCGCGUAAUUGAGACCUCAGUAACUCAUUAUGCCUUGUGCGUCACGUAAAUGUUUCUGUCCGUAUUUAUUAUUGCCGACGAGUGUGAUGACGUCGGCCAAUUCAUCUAUCGUGGAAGAAACUCAUAUUUUUAAUAAAGAUUUUUUGAGCCAGUACAAGGUGAUAGAUCACACUGGAGGUUAAUGAAUUACGUCUACAAUUAAGCGGUCACGUGUACUAAAAUGAAAUAAUUUUUAAUAGUUCAACCCUUCAAUUGUACAUAUUCGUCAAUAUCUGAAUGUUUAGAUUACGUGGAUAAAUGUUUCGUAUCUUAUUCAGUAGACAUUAGGUCGAUGUGCAACCGAAGUUAUCAAACGAUCGUCGCUCCGAUCUCCGCCCUCCGGUGCGAGCCCGCUCCGUGACGUCACCGCGCUCGGCCGCGCUCGACGCUCGCUCGCUGUACAUAAGUUGCAUUUACAUUCGUGACAAAAUAUUGCCCUUUACGUCCUCUUAAUAUGAGCGCGUAACGUUUUGCGCCGCUUCGUGAACACGACGUUUUGAGCAACUCUCGUGAAAUAUCACGAGCGUCGAGCGCUGGCCCGGGCGUAUUCUAAUAAGAUUAUAAAUAAAUAUUUAUUUCAUUGUUUUAAGUUUUUGACAAUUUUUAUUGUUCAUGUUAAUUUCCUUGGGAAUUUUUAUGUAUUAUUUAGAUUAAGUAAGAAAAUAUUAUAUCAAGUGAGCGGAGGCGAGCCGCUCGGCGCAGACAGGCCCGGUCGCGCUGUGAGCUGCGUGCUGCGUGCUGUGUGCUGUGUGCUGUGCGCAGAGCCGCCGCCGCCGGGCCUGUCGCUACUCACUAUUCCAAGUUUCCUCGUGUAAUUUAUUGACUUGAAUAAAUGAAAUUACGCUUCUAAAGUGUACUAUUACAUAUGUAAAUAUAGGAUGACUAAUAUAUCUAUUAUAAUAGUGAAUGUUGUAAUUUGUAUAUAAGUAAUGAAAUUAAAUUUUAAAUACAUAGAUAACACAGUG